GAAGAUUAUUCGCUUCUCCGCCUCCGUAUUUGCCCUUCGUCUGUCCUUCGUUAUCCAUAUUUUUCUACCGAGUAAAAUGUCUGCCGCUAACUUCGAGGCCGCCGUGGAGUACGUGCGUUCCCUCCCCAAGGACGGUCCGGUGCAGCUGGACAACAACGCCAAGUUGGUGUUCUACUCCCUCUACAAGCAGGCGACCGAGGGGGACGUGAAGAGCUCGCAGCCGUGGGCGGUGCAGCUCGAGGCCCGGGCGAAGUGGGACGCGUGGAGCGCGCGCAAGGGCAUGAGCUCCGAGGCCGCCAAGGAGGAGUACGUGAAGCAGUUGAUCGCGGUCACCGCCGAGAAGGGCCACCCGUGGAACCCCGCGUAG